AGUAGUGACCGGCGAAAAAUUAGUCAAAAAGGCACAAUAAGAUUUUGCGAUUUGAGGGCCUUUCUGCAGCUGUAAGAUUUUAAGAAAUACUUAUUUCAGACUUCCCUCAUAAUAGGGCUUCAUUGAAAGCGUCUCCAACGGGAUUGAAGCAUGGACAAACGCGUCACUGUGCUAAUGCCCAAUGGUCGUCGGCAAAAUGUCAACGUGAGGGCCGAUAUGACAUUACUGGAGAUCCUGGAGACGGCAUCGGCCAAGCAUGGCUACGACAGCGAAGAACAUUGCCUCAAGUUCCACAAUAAGGAUGUGAGUCUCACACAGCAAUUCCGCUUUAGCGGUCUACCCAACAACUGUGUCCUGGAAAUGGAGCCCACGGAUAAGCGGCGGCCGGUGAGCAACGUUGUCGUAUGCAUUCAGCUAAAUGAUGGAUCACGCGAGCAAGGCGAGUUUGUGCCAAGCACCAACGUCUGGACCGUGGUGAAUGAGCUGUGCAGCUCGCAUUUGGAGGAAUACGAGAGUCCUGUUAUCAUUUACAUGCGUAGUGAGGUAAUCGGUGUGGAAAAAAUGCGUGAGACAACGUUAAAGUCGCUGGGAAUACUCGAGGGACGUGCCAUGAUGCGGCUGAUCGACAAAAAGCCAGAAGACCUCAAAAAGCAAGCCAACGUAUAUAAACCGGCCGUGGUAAAAGAUAAAGUCAAGGACGACGAUUUGCCCAGCACCUCGCGCUCAGUCACGGGUCCAUCUAGUACCGGUGGCGGUGGCUUUGCAAUUACCAAUGAUUUGUUGAAAUCACUGAAGCGAACAGCACCCAACGAAAGCCCAGCCACGAAACCUGAACCCGAAGUUCCUGCCGAAACGAAGACGCAGAAAAGUGAGCCUGAGCAGCCGAAAUAUGACUGGGGUAGCGGCUCGGGCUAUCAACUGCACAAUCAAAACAACGAGGCGCGCUACGAGAAUGUUGAGGAUGAACAAUUCGUAAAGAAGCCUCCAAUUGUAAAUAUAAUUGGUCCACGAAACGCCAUAGUAUUCUCGCUGGAUUCUGCCAACAGGCACAACGAUGAAUUGCCCGAUUCGUUCUUCGACUUGACUGUCAACGAUUUAAAAAUGGUGCUGCGCGAUCUGAAGCGUACUGCCUCUGGCACGGAGGAUGCGCCGCUGCUUACGUCCAAUCUGCGCGAACUGGAACGUCAAAAGGCGAUGCUGGCUAAGCUGAACCAAUACAAGGACUGCGUGCUGCGCAUUCAAUUCCCCGAUCGCCAUGUGCUCCAGGGCAUAUUUAAGCCCCAUGAAAUGCUCGAUAAGGUGGUGGAGUUUGUACGCGGCUUUCUGGCGACACCAAGCGAACAGUUUCAGCUGUUCACCAUACCGCCGAAGAAAAUCUUGCCUGUGAACGAGACUCUGCUCGAGCUCAAUUGCGUGCCGAAUGCGGUACUGCAUUUUCUAUUCGUUAACGAGAAGCUAAACGCAAAGACCAACAAAUUCCUACAGGACAAAUAUAUCGCUCAGCUGACCUCGGAAGAGGGUGCUCUCUUUGCAGUGCAAAAGUACCGCAUCGCCAAGGCUGGCGUCAGCUCUAGUUAGUAGUCGCAUUGAGGCGGCCUUAAGCGAACAGUGAACGUGAUAUCAAA